GAGGAAGUGGAAAGACUGGCUGCAAUGCGUUCAGAUUCUCUAGUACCUGGGACUCACACACCUCCAAUCAGAAGAAGAAGCAAAUUUGCCACUCUUGGGAGACUUUUUAAGCCAUGGAAAUGGAGGAAGAAGAAGAGUGAAAAAUUUAAGCACACUUCAGCAGCUUUGGAAAGAAAAAUAUCAAUGAGGCAAAGCAGAGAGGAGCUUAUAAAACGAGGAGUGCUGAAAGAAAUUUUUGAUAAAGAUGGGGAACUUGCCAUACCAAACGAAGAUGGAGCUUUGGAGAAUGGGCAGCCUCUGGGCUCUGGGCAAGUGCUGAGCUCCAGCCAGGUAUCCCUGCCAGCCCUAGCAGAACUGGAGUCAGGUCCAACAUCUGUGGAACCCUGCUCAUACGAGGUGCUCCCAACUACAGAGAUCAUGGAUGGGACAGUGUCUGAAGAGAGCCCCACAUCCAAUGAAUCCGGCGUCCUCCUGUCCCAAGAUCCUACAGCUAAGCCAGUCCUGCUACUUCCCCCUAAAAAAUCUGCCGCUUUCCCUGGAGACCAUGAGGACACCCCAGUGAAACAGUUGUCCCUCCUCAAACAGCCCCCUGCCCUGCCUCCUAAACCUAUUGCCAGGAUUGCCAGCCACUUAACUGAUCCUGGCGCUCCUGUGAAACUGCCUUGUAUGCCAGUUAAACUGUCACCUCCACUACCUCCAAAGAAAGUCAUGAUUUGCAUGCCUUUAGGGGGGCCAGACCUCUCUCUCUCAUCCUAUUCCACGCAGAAGAGCUCUCAGCAGCCUUUGACCCAGCAGCAUCACACUGUCCUGCCAUCCCAGUUAGCAGCUCACCAGCACCAGCUCCAGUACGGCAGCCACAGCCAGCACAUUCCUUCUGGGUCCAGCACGUUGCCCAUUCACCCUUCAGGGUGCCGGAUGAUAGAGGAACUGAACAAAACACUAGCCAUGACCAUGCACAGGCUAGAAAG